UAGAAUAAUAAAUAAUAAAUAAUAAAAAAAUAAUCGUCUGAGAGAAAACUGAAGUUCGCUUCACAUUCGUCAGACUAUGUUUUCGUGAGUUCAUGAGACAUUUAGAGGAUAAAUGAUCUGCUGAUUUAAAUCGAUAAAGUUAUAACUAUAAUAAAUGUGUAAAACAACUACAUUGCUUACUUAGUACUUACUCUGCAGUGUACUACUGGUUUAAAUCAGAAAACAAACAAAAAACAAAGUUUCUCAUAAAGCCUCCAAUCUGAAGCGAACUUCAGCCUCGCUCCACAGCCUGUUACGACAGCCACUGCAGCCCAGCGGUCACCUGGUUCAGCUGAAGGGUGAAAAACACGAGAGUUGGACGGGAGUGCUUGCUAACUUAGCAGGCUAAGCUAACGUGUCAGCUAGGACGAGGAUCUUUGGGGAACACUCGCCAACAUGCUCGCUCGUAUGUUAUUCAACCUCAUCAACAACCACCGCGUCGUCGAGAAGUUGGCAGAGUCUCGUCCGAUUCGCAGGGCGGCCCAGAUCACAGCCUACGCCAUCACCAAGGCUCAGAUAGCCGGCCGGGACGCGUCGGAGCGGGUCAUGCGCUCCCAGACGCUCCGGCAGGUCCGGGCUGAGGCCGGCAGAGUCCCCGGUGACCUGGGAGAGGUGGGCAGCCGCCUCAGGAGAGUCAGAGAGACUUUUGUUAAUGAAGUGAAGGAGGGAUGGAAGGACGGCUCCAGACAGAUCAAGAAAUAAAGAGGACAGACUGGCUGUAGGAUGUUAAAGAGACUGGGACUCCACUGAUAACAAAACUUUAGUUACUGUCAUGCUGAUAACAUCUCAUGUUUUUGUAUAAUCACCAGACUUAUUAUGGAUCAAGCAAUAAUUAAAGAAGACCAGAGGAGAACUGAUGUGUGAACAAUCUGCCUCAGCAAUGGUGCGUGGUGGUUAACUGUAAUCAUUAGAAAGUGGCUUCAUCAUGGACACUGAUCACUUCACGAUCAGGAAUAAUUGUUGUUAAUGUGAAGAGGUCCGCACUCAACUGCGAUCGAUGGCAAGAUAAUUUAUGAUAAACUGUCAGAAAACACAUGGAAAUAUAAAGUCUGUGGAAAAGUAGUAACUGUCUUGGUAAAGUAUGGCAUCUGUGAUACCUGCCAAAGAGCUUUUGAGGAUAUGUACAUGAAUUUGUCUUGCAUAAUAAUUUUAUUAGCCAAAAUGUACUUAUUGAGAGAGAUGUGUUAUGUACAGUGUAGACAGUGAUUUCACUAUUUUGUUCUGACUGUAUAAAUAAAGAUUAUAAUUUAAAACACUGCUA